AUGAGAGUUGAGGAAGAGGCUGUGGGCAGAGGAGGAUGUAGUAUGGGGACACUCAAGCUUGGACCGAAGGAUAUGAGGUCUGGGUUAAGCCCGGAAGCCAAGCGGGGGGAUUUAGAAGAGAAUAUGGUGAAAGAAUUGGCGGAGGUUGAGCCGAUUCGGACAGAGGAGUCGGAGGUAACUCGAGUCAUAUAA